AUGCCAGAAGUGACUGCAAAAUGCUUAUGUCGUCAAGACAAUGCUCAUGAAGAUGGUAUUUGGGCAGGUGCUUGGACAAAAAGUUUAAAAGAUGGUUCUGAACAUAUAAUUAGUGGUUCAAUUGAUGAUAAAGUUAAAAUUUGGUCAUGGUAUAAAGAAAAACUUGAAUUAAAAUAUACAUGUACAGGUCAUCGUCUUGGUAUUGUUUCAGUUGAUGUUAAUCCUCAAGGAACAGUCGUAGCAACAUGUGCACUUGAUGCACAAAUUAAAUUAUGGGAUAUUGAAAGUGGUAAACUUAUUCGCGAUAUUGAUGCAACUCCAGUAAAUGCUUGGAGUUUAGCAUUUUCACCUGAUGGACAAUAUAUUGCUACGGGAAGUUUUGGUGGUAAAGUUGAUUUAUAUAAUUCUGAAAGUGGUCAAAAAGAAAUGACAUUAGAUACACAGACAAAAUUUGUAUUAAGUGCUAUUUAUAGUCCUGAUGGAAAAUUACUUGCAUGUGGUUCACAAAAUGGUUUCGUAAAUAUUUUUGAUGUAGCAACUGGGAAAUUAUUACAUACAGUUGAAGGUCAUGCUAUGCCUAUUCGUGCAUUAUGUUUUUCACCGGAUUCUCAAGUAUUAGCUUCGGCAUCUGAUGAUUGUCAUAUUCGACUUCAUGAUAUACACACUGCUCAACCAACAACUGUAAGUACAUUAUCUGGUCAUAGUUCAUGGGUGCUUAGUGUAGCAUUCAGUUCAGAUAAUCAACAUUUAAUAUCAUCUUCAUCGGAUAAAUCAGUUAAAAUUUGGGAUACAAAAGCAAAACGGUGUGUUUAUACAUCUGCUGAACAUUCCGAUCAAGUAUGGUGUGUUAGAUUUAAUUAUUCGGGUACACAAUUUGUAUCAAUGUCACAAGACAAAAGUAUUAUAGUACAUUCAUUCAAUCAUUAA